AUGCAACCAUCAGACAAUGACUGCGUCGCCAGUCAAUGCAACGACAAAAACAAAACAGCCCCCAAAACCCACACGCUAAACUGCGGCAGGUACAGGUGUCCAGUCGUUUUCGUUUAUGCCGUUGACACCGACUGGCCCACGGUCAGUCGCCUUCUGAAUGACCACUCGCUGGUCUGUAAGGGCGGGCUUUAUGUACUCGCCGAUUCACCUCCGCGUUCCGACACGCACGACGCACAAUACGUGCUAAGCCCUCCGCAGGUCGUUCAUGAGAGCCUGGGCAUCGACAACGGCAAUCGUGAUGAUGAAGUCGUCGCGGGCGGUAGAAAGCGGAGAAAGGAGGACCAGAGAAAACAGGAGCUCGAGAACGAUGAGUACACCGAGGAUGUGCAACCCACAUCCGUCAGGUGUCGCGGAUGUCAGAAGGCCAUCAGCCUUGACAAACGCUCCAGGUACUAUCCUGGACUGUGGGUCAAGCACAGGAGCAAGUGCCCGGGCAUCCUCGAGCUAGAGGAAGAUAAAGAGCUAACCAGGAGAAGAGACUGGUUUUUUUCAGUU